AUGGUCUUAUAUUAUGAGAAACUUUAUUCGCAAUGCACACAUAUUAUUGGCAAUCUUGUUUUAUGCUACUUAAAGCGACUUGAAAAUGGAACCGAUCCUGAUCUUUCAUUCCUAAGUUCAAUUCGAGAAGUUUCUGGAUACGUUUUUAUAUCUGAUAAUGAUGUGAAAUCAAUUCCAUUAACAUCUCUGCGGAUUAUUCGAGGUCAUGUUCCUUAUCAUUAUGGCGGAAAAGGUAAUAUAUCCCUAUAUGUCGCUCGGAAUGCCAAAUCCAUCGAAUAUGGUUUGGAAAUUUUGGACCUACGGAACCUCACGGUGAUUCAGCAGCACAAUGUGAUCUUCUGGGACAAUCCAUUUCUUUGUCAUUUCCAAUUCAGAGUGGAUUUCAACAGUCUUUUCCCCGACCCUUCCAGGCAGAGGCGUAUUCUAGUGAACAAGAAUGAUACAAUAUCAUCAUAUAGGUGUGAUUAUGGUACGUAUGAUGUGCAUGUUUUACUUCUCUCACACCUUUGCUGUCUGCGUGGCUGUUUGUUCUUUGUGAGCGCUCACUUUCAAACUUUGUUCUGCUAUACACUACUCUUAGAUGGCAGUUCUACAGCGCGUCGUAAGUUAGCCUGCCCUAUGCUUACCUUCCACCCCCCCCCCUUAUCCCCAUAUAUCCCUGAGCACUUUUGA